AUGAUGAUGGACCUUUUUGAAACUGGCUCCUAUUUCUUCUACUUGGACGGGGAAAAUGUUACUCUGCAGCCAUUAGAAGUGGCCGAGGGCUCUCCUUUGUACCCAGGGAGUGAUGGUACCUUGUCCCCCUGCCAGGACCAAAUGCCCCCGGAAGGUGGGAGCGACAGUAGCGGAGAGGAGCACGUCCUGGCGCCCCCGGGCCUGCAGCCCCCCCACUGCCCGGGCCAGUGUCUGAUCUGGGCUUGCAAGACCUGCAAGAGAAAAUCGGCCCCCACGGACCGGCGGAAAGCUGCCACCCUGCGCGAGAGGAGGCGACUAAAGAAAAUCAACGAGGCCUUCGAGGCACUGAAGCGGCGGACUGUGGCCAACCCCAACCAGAGGCUGCCCAAGGUGGAGAUUCUGCGGAGUGCCAUCAGCUACAUCGAGCGGCUGCAGGACCUGCUCCAUCAGCUAGAUCAGCAGGAAAAAAUGCAGGAGCUAGGGGUGGACCCCUUCAGCUACAGACCCAAGCAAGAGAAUCUUGAGGGUGCGGAUUUCCUGCGCACCUGCAGCUCCCAGUGGCCAAGUGUUUCGGAUCAUUCCAGGGGGCUCGUGAUAACUGCCAAGGAAGGAGGGGCAAGCAUCGAUUCGUCAGCCUCGAGUAGCCUUCGAUGCCUGUCUUCCAUCGUGGACAGUAUUUCCUCCGAGGAACGCAAACUGCCCUGCGUGGAGGAGGUGGUGGAGAAGUAG